AUGGUGACGACACGCCGACAAUCAAAAGACUUCUUUGUGCCAAUCCAGUUGCCGCCUUUCACACGCGUGAAACGACGACGACGAAAGAACGACACUGCAACGCCAGAAACAACAAACACCACGCAGCCGCUCAGCCAGCCUUUGGCUAAGCGCCGAAAGAAGGUGAAAAGCACUGCGAAGAUUGUGCCUUCAAGUUCAGCACCAGCAGUGCCACCGUUGGCGUCGCCAUCAAGACAGGCAAACGGGCUUUUGACAGCCAAGGCAACACACAAAACACGCAAGGAAAGAGCCCAAGGCAAGAAUAGCUCAAUAAUCGAGAAAACUCGUGCGGAUCUCGCUAGUACACGAAAGCCUGCAGGGGUGGACUUAACAAGCAGCGAUUCGAGUGACGACGAACCCACGCAACGAUCCCAGCCUGUCGCUUCACAGCACUCCGACGAUGAUACCGAUUCACGAUAUACGUUAAGCUCGAAUCGGAGGGGCAAGGCAAGGAUACCUGUUGCGCCAGCUGAGCGGCGAACGGCGGAACUAAAGUUCGAUGAGGACGGUCUGGAAGAGGUGGACAAGGCAGACGCUGCGGUCGCUGAUGCAACUAUGAGAACACUCAACCAGGUCGAGAGGCCCGGUCCUUUGCCUUGGCAGCCUAUCAAUGGUAGUAACGCCAACAUGACGGGCCGGGCAGGCGCAUUGGAGACCGCUCAACAGAGCAAGGACAGAACUACACGGUGGAAUCCUGCACAGCCUCAUCGUGUCCCUUCUAGGGCUGUCAUGUUCACGACUGCCGAAGCCAUCGCAGCUCUCUCACUAUACAAAGACGGCACGAUGUCUGUCCCUGCAGAGAUCGAUCCUCAGUCACGCCAGCCUUACACAUCUGUCCAGACCGGCGAAGUGCUCUCCUACCCAGUCAAAGGGACCUACCACCUAGGCGCCCUCGGCCGCUACGGUAUCAACACCACGCCGCCCCCGCCUUUCUCCCUGACUGUUCCGCUCUCAGAGUUCUCUCUUAUUGAACAAACCCGCGACACGUCCAUGGCUGAGCCCUCGCGCUACGGCAUUGGCUUCGCCUCCACUACUGCAGUCCAACCACAAGCAUACGCGGCGCGACGUCCGAACAACUACUGCUUCACCUUCGGCAGAUAUCGCGGCCGUCGCAUGGACAGCUUGCCCAUAUCGUACCUACGCGCCAUCUUCAACUCGGACGAGUACCACAACGAUCCUAAGAUGCGGCAAGCUUUUGUGGACUUAUACCCCAAGGGUCUCUACGAGUCUGAAGUGGAUAGCUAUACAUUUGAGAAGGGCGGCUUCAAGGGUAAGAGGCUUGACGAAGUGCCCAAGGCUUAUGUAUGGACACUAUUGCGGGAGAACAAGAAGAAGGGUCUCACGGAUGGCGGGGAGAAGGCGAAGGCCAGGUUGCAGAAGGCGCUGGACGCGUGGGAACAGAGACAACUGGAUCUCACGAAGGACUGA